CUUUGCGACAGCAUGGUGUCGAAACUACUAAAUGAGAAAAUUUAUCCUGCAACCGAAGAGAAGAAAUCGUUGGCCAAAAAAAUUAUUGAAACGUUUCCUGUACUGACAUCCACGAAGUUGACAGAAAGUUCACCAGAGUAUUCGUACUUUUUCUGGAGGAAUGCUGGCAAAGGACUGAAUCACGAGCAUUCAGGUUUGAUCCAUUCACAUCUACGCAAUGCUGCUUCAAAACAUUUGAGAUCGACAGACAGGAAAUUUACACAUAAGAAAAAAGCUGAGAAGGUUACAAGCGUUUCAACCGGAAUAAUAGAGCUUGCUGAAGAAUGUGCAAACAAGGAUGGGGUAUCCGCCAAUUUUAAAGCUAUCAUGAGAGGCAUGGAAGAAACACACUCCCUAUACGUUAUGAUGUUGCAAAAUAGAAGGUCGUUUUCAAGCAUCCUACAAACAUUUCCACACUUCAGGUCAUUUCACGGAGUAUUGAUUCAAAAAACUUACGAGCGCAUCACACCCAACUACGACAAAAAUAGCAUCCUGGCUAAGAUUUUUUCAAGAGGGUUAAUGGUUGAACAAGGCAUAUUUUCAGGAAUUCAGGAUGAUAAUCUUCGAGGAUGCCUUCGGAUUAUGCAAGCUCUGAGCCGACGAGGUUUGAAACAACAAGAAAGAAAGCAUGAUAAGGAUCUAACGAUCGAACACAAAAUUGCUUCAGAUUUGGUCCGUUUUGUACCGGAUACAGAAUCUUCCCUGGCUGAGCAACUUGCAAGAUACGUUGCUUGUAAUGUUGAGCAAGGUGCAUCUGUAGCACCACACAUCAUCUCUCAAGGCGAUGAGUAUUUCAUUUACAUUCUGGGAGAACUCAUACACUGCGGAGACAGCUCAGCACAAGUGCUUGAUGUUUUUUUUAAAUGCUUUUCAGUAUUCAAUGUGUCGGUUUCACCACAAUUACAAAAAAUUAAAGAUUUCGUUGACAUUGUUAGCUUCAAAACUAUGAAACAUAGCACAAGACAAUCGGUUAACCGAUUGACUGCUAUGUUUCUGGAAUCUUUUAAAGCUGACAAUGCAAACUGAAUUUUAU